GUCUUAAACAUGACUGUACACUUAACGCAGCUUUAGGAGCUUGACCGCGAGCACAUCCUUAACACCCGGACGAAGACGGAGCCUAAGCAUGAAUAGGCGACUACUCGAUCCCUUUCAGAGCGUGGAGCUGCCGGAGAUAAUUGAGGAGUUCUUGGACCACGGCUCGGCACAAUGCAUGGCAUUCAAUCGGAGGGGGACUCUCCUGGCGUCCGGCACCAAGGAGGGUCAGGUGGUCAUCUGGGACUUCGACACGCGCGGCGUUGCGGCGGUGCUGAACGGGCACACUGGGCCGGUGUCGAGUGUGUCCUGGUCCCGCAACGGGCGGCAGCUGCUGUCGGGCUCCGAGGACGCCUCAGUUAUCCUGUGGGACGUGCAGCAGGGCAAGCAGGUGUUGCGGCUGCAGCUGGGCUCGGCGGUGCUUCGGGUGAGCCUGCACCCGCGCGGGCCGCCCUUCCCCGCACUGGCGGCCCUGGCGGAGGGUCCGCCGGUGCUGCUGGACCUCAGUGCGGCGGCGGCGGCGGGGGGGCCGCAGGCGCAAGGGGAGGGCGGCCGGACCGCAGUGGAGCCACUGCCGCUGGUGCCAGAGGCACCGGACGCCGCGCCGGCGCCGGGGGGCCGGGGGCGCGGCGCCAACGCGGACGCGGGCGGCGCGGGGCCUGGCUCUGCGGCGUCUGGCGGCUUGGCGGUGUUCAGCAAGAGCGGUGACGUGGUGAUUGGCGGCCAGAUGCGUGGCGCGUUGACAGUGGUGGAUACAGCCACUCGCCGCAUUCUGGACAUUGUGCGGCUGCCCAACUCGGCACGUGUGACGGACCUGGUCCUCAACCGCAAGGGCGACCUGCUGCUGGCCACGUGCCAGGACCAGCGCGUGCGCAUGUUCGAGCUGGCGCCGGCAGUAGCAGGCCGGCAGGGGGCGGCAGUAGCAGCGGCAGGUGCGCCGGGAGCAGGCGGCAGCAGCAAUGGUGACGGCGGGGGAGCGGGGUCGGCGCCCAUGCCGGCGCCCGCGGUGCAGCCCCUGGAGCCGCCCACGGAUGCGCAGCUGGCGGAGGCGGUGGGGAACAAGGUCAUUAAGUCGGGCUCGCUGCUGCACGGCGAGUCGGGCCUGCUGCGGCAUGUGCGCGACUUCCAGAACGCGGUGGAGCGCACGCCCUGGCGCACCGCCGCCUUCUCCGCCGACAGCGAGCACGUGGUGGGCGCCACCGCCGCCAAGUCGCAGCUGCUGCUGUACAUCUGGAACAGGCCGCUGGGCAACAUGGAGCGGAUAUUGGAGGGCCCCAAGGAGGGUGUGCUGCAGCUGGCCUGGCACCCGUUGCGCUCGCUGCUGCUCAGCUGCGCCGGCACCGGCCGCAUCUACAUCUGGGCCAAGGUCCACGCCGAGAACUGGUCGGCCUUCGCGCCCGACUUCAAGGAGCUGGACGAGAACACCGAGUACGUGGAGCGGGAGGACGAGUUCGACUGGAACACGCCGGGCGCCGGCGGCGAGUUGGGUCUCCCCAUGGGCGCGGCGGGCUCGGGCGAGGGUGGCACCGGCGAGGAGGGCGAGGGCGUUGCCGCUGGCGCUGCGGGUGGUGCCGGCGAGGAGGUGGACGUCUUCAGCCGGGAGCGGCUGCACUACUUCAGCAGUGACGAGGAGGACGAGGGGGCGGCGGCAGGCGAUGAGCUGCUCUACCUGCCAGUGGUCAUUGAGCGGGAGCUGACACCUGCCGCCGGGCGGAGUGAGGGCGGCGAGGGCGAGGACGAUGGCGGCGACGAGGACGAGGAGGAGCCGCCCGGCCUGCAGGGUGUCGGCGGCGGCGUGGAGGCCUCACUGGCGGCUGGCCGGCUGGCGCAGUUCCCCCGGAGAGGGGGAGGCGCCGGGGGCAGCAACGGGGUCGCGGCAGCAGCAGCGGCUGCGGCGCGAGGAGCGGCAGGGGAAGACCUGAGCGGGGAUGAGGAGAUGCGGGACGUGGGCGCGGACGAGGGAGCAGAGGAGGGGGCGGGCGGCGGGGCGGUCGGUGGUGGUGGUGGAGGCGGGGCAGCCGGUGGCCGGAAGCGCAAGGUGCAGUUUGACGAAGGAACUUUGGGCCGGUGAGGCUGGCGGCUGGGCAUGGAAUGCCGCGACAAGUGGCUAGGCUGCCAUCGGUAGUGCAGCUGAUGCUGGGGUCCGCAAUCCGGUACUGACUCGAGCCAGAUGAAAGGUGCGUUGAGGCCACUGGGUAGCCAUGGGUUGGCUGAGCCGGCACGGGUGCACAGCUGGGUGCCCUUUGUGUAUAUUGCCCUGUUGGGGUGCCGCGCGCGGUGCAGGGGCAGCGCAUGCCCUUGACUCAAACCAGGCGGUAGUGUAAUUCUAGAUUCAU